GCAAGCAGUACAUCAGUCAGCUGUUAUUGCAGCACCCUUCCUUUAUGUUUGGACUGGAAACUUCCCUAAUGCAUUCUGUGGGAGCUGGAGGUCACCUCAACAUUAGAAGCUAAUUCCAGAGUUGCUUGGUCAGGGAAAGUCUUCCCAUAAGCUCCCUAUGAAGGUGGUGUAUGGAAAGUUAGAGUGGACCUACCAGACAAAUACCCAUUCAAAUCUCCUUCCAUAGGGUUUAUGAAUAAAAUUUUCCAUCCGAACAUUGAUGAAGCAUCAGGAACAGUAUGUCUAGAUGUAAUUAACCAGACGUGGACAGCUCUUUAUGACCUCACCAACAUAUUUGAGUCGUUCCUGCCUCAGCUGCUGGCCUAUCCCAAUCCAAUUGACCCUUUAAAUGGUGAUGCUGCCGCAAUGUACCUCCAUCGACCAGAAGAGUACAAACAGAAAAUAAAAGAAUAUAUCCAAAAAUACGCAACAGAAGAGGCGUUAAAGGAACAAGAGGAGGGUGCAGGUGAAAGUUCAUCAGAGAGCUCCAUGUCUGACUUCUCCGAGGAUGAGGCCCAGGAUAUGGAAUUGUAGUAGUGUCACCAUCCUCUUUCAAAGAGACAGACUAUAUAAUUUCCUAACCAUUGAAAAGCAGACUAUAAUAUUCAUAUUUAAAAACAAAAAAGCAAGUUUUUUUUAUUACUAAAACCAGGUUUUUAUGGAUAGCAUUGGUAUAUUAUCACCCUAGUUUUUUUCUCUCCUUGGUCAUUUCUCCAACUUGAAGUGCAUCUUACCGCACAUUCCACUAGCUGUGAGGCCCAAAUGCAUGCUAUCUCAUAACUUUGGUAUACCUAACUUGUAACAUGUUUUGACCCAAAAAUGGAAGAGAGCAAGAAAAAACGAACAAUGGAUUGGUGCAGAGCGGGAUAUCAACCAAGCAAGAGUGACUAUUUAUGCUGUCUGCUUCUCGAUCAGAAAAAACAGCGCUAGAGAGAACAGAAAGUUUCAGUAAAAUCGAAGCACAAUGGAAGGUUUAUUAGCAGAAGAAAAACUAACACAUUAUUUGCUCUGCAUGUUAUUUUUGGUUUCUAUUUUUUUUCCUCGUGAAUAAAAAUGGACGUACAGAUUAUCCAUCUUUUUUUUUUAUUGUGGCAUGAUAUGGAAGAAUACAACUUGUUUAGGACUUUGGUUCGUAAAGCAGAUUUAAUUAUUUAAAAAAAAAACCUAGUGUUUGUGGCUUUAACCUGAAGGAUAGUAUUAAGUAAUUACUAGGUAGUGGUGAACUUGAUUACUCUAAUUAGCACGUUGUAUUAUUAUUAUUGGGGAAAUACUUGCUGGCACCCUAUCUUGCUAUAUAGAUUUUUUUUUUAAAUGGCCUAUUGCUAUGUGCUGACUUAUACCUGUUUGACUUAUUUAGGGUUAGUUAGUAUGCUCGCUGGUGAUUUCAAAUAAAAAAUGUAUAUUUUCAUUGUUACAAUA